UUACCCUUCCUGGGAAAUUCUCCAAUUAAUUACACUAAAUCAGAAGUUUCCCUCUACAGCCAUUUUUAAUGGCACCGAGUAAGAAAACCAAAUCGAAGGGGAACUCGGUCGAGUCAACUCAAUCGCCGGCUAAGUAUCCGGCGUGCAUCCGGCCCAUACCUCCAUCGUCCGUUGCUAUCUCCAUCCACGCCAAACCCGGCUCCAAACUCGCCGCAGUCACCGAUAUGAGCGAUGAUGCAUUAGGGGUGCAGAUUGAUGCUCCGCCUAAAGACGGUGAAGCUAACGCCGCACUUAUCGAUUUCAUUAGCUCUGUUAUUGGGGUGAAAAGGAGGCAAGUAUCACUAGGUUCCGGCUCAAAAUCGAGGGACAAGGUUGUGAUAAUAGAAGAGGUAACGUUACAGACUGUAUUUGAUGCUCUGAAUAGAGCUUUACUGAACCAAUGAUCGAUAUUUAUGCACUUAAAUUAUAUGAUCCUUUGUGUUUUAACAUAAUAGAAAAGCUUUAUAAAUUAUGCUUGAAAAAAAUUGUUUUGUCUUCAUAGCAUCUGGUUUUCUGAAUGAACCGUAGUAAAAGUAGAAAGGAUAAACAUGUUUGAUGCCGGUUGGAUUCGGAUUUCACCUAUCUUAGUUGUGCUGAAUGUUUCUUCCUUCGAUUCA